UUUUGUUCUCAGUAUCAUACAGAACAUCAGACAGACAUUUAACGGUUAACAUUUUAUACGAAACAUAGUUCGUUUUCAUGUUUUUAUUUUAAUAACACUUACUAAACAUACUUACUAUAUUUUUAAAUCAACUAACUAGCCUAGUAGAUAUUGUGUAUUCUGUGCCAACAAAUAAUAAAACAUUGUUUAACACAAUUAGUGUAAAUCUGACGUCGAGUACAGAAACCAAGUUUGGAAAAAAGUAUGUGGAAGUGGAUAUAAAAUAUGUAUAAAUUAAAGCGAUUUUUUAUAACCCGAAAUGCUUUGAACAGACAGAAAUAUAUAAGCGCAGUGAUAAAAGAAGUGGAAGAUCGAAUAAAGCCAUGGAGGAAGAUACCUGGACCGUUAUCUUUACCAAUCAUUGGACAAUUACUACAUUUCCUUCCAGGAGGUUGGCUAUACAAACGCACUAUUGAGUUACAAGAAUUACUGUAUAAAAGCUAUGGGCCGAUCGUAAGACUAGAUGGAAAUCUGGGUUUCCCUCCAAUCACUUUUAUCUUUGAUCCGGAGGCUGCUAUAAAACUUUUUCGCAAAGAAGAUCCACUACCUGUCCGCCCUGGUUUCGAUUGUCUAGUAUAUUACAGGAAACAUUUUUACAAUAAACACGAAGAUGAUCCAAAUGGUGUGAUACUCGAUCAUGGUGAGACUUGGAAAAAACUCCGAUCUUUGAUGAACCCUGCAAUGUUGCGAACCAAAGCAAUUAAACCAUUUGCUAGUGUUUUAGCAGAGGUGGCAGACGAUAUGGUUGAUAGACUGAGAUCUAAACGCAAUAAACAAAAUAUGAUCGAGGAUAAUUUAUUCACCGAAUUGAACCUUUGGGCUUUAGAAUCAGUUGGAGCGGUGACACUUGGAGACCGUCUAAACUGCCUUGAUCCAAACCUACCAGAUGAUUCCCCUGCUAAGAAAUUAAUAGAUGCACUGCAUGAAUCUCUUCGUAUAUUAGACAAGCUAGAUUUUCAACCAAGCCUUUGGAAAUAUAUAACAACUCCUUCAUACAAAAAAGGAAUGGAAAUAUUCAAUGUACUUUUAAGGGUAAAUAAGUUUUUUAUAGAAAGAUCUAUACAGAAUCUUAAAUCUAAAGAAGAAACAAAUGAUGAAAACAAAUGGAUUAUUGAAAAAAUACUUGAACUCGACCGUAAUGUUGCAGUUACUUUGGCUAACGAUUUAUUCCUUGCUGGUGUUGACACGUCUGCUGGUACUGCAUUGGCAAUAUUAUAUCUUUUGGCGGCAAAUCCAGACAAACAAAAUAAAUUAAGAGAGGAAGUAAUGUCAAAACAUACACGUACAUACCUUAAAGCUUGCAUUAAGGAGGCAUUGAGAUUAUAUCCUAUUGUUGGAGGCAAUUUUAGAAAAACAACGAAAGAGCAUGACGUUCUAGGCUACAGAAUACCAAAAAACAUGAUUGUUAUUAUAGGUAAUCAAUAUUUAUGUUCGGUAGAAGAUCAAUUUCCUCAACCGACACAGUUUUUACCAGAAAGAUGGAUUGUUGAAAGAAACGACCCUCUUUACUAUGGCAAUGCUCAUCCAUUUGCUUAUGCACCCUUUCGAUUUGGAGUACGGAGUUGUGUUGGUCGUCGUAUUGCUGAAUUAGAAAUCGAAAUAUUAAUAUCCAAAAUAGUUGAAAAUUUCAAACUAGAUUGGAUUGGACCGCCACCAAAGCGUACGCGAAGGAGUACUAUUAACUACAUUCUUGAGCCAUAUAAUUUUGUAUUCAAUGAUAUCUAAGACAAUGAUUAACUCAUUAACUUUAAGCUCGCAACUAGCAGGCUAAUUCACUUAAUUAUGUAAAUUGACAUAAUAUACGAAAUUCUUCUAUGUAAUAAUCCUAUGUAAUAAAUUUCAUCUGGUACCUACUGACAAUCCUUCGGGGAUAUCAUAAAGUAGGUAUAUGAUAUUUCUCAGUUGA